AUGAGUCGUUCUAAAAAGACCCCAGAAGAAAAACGCGCCUCCGCUCGCGAGGCCACGGCUAGAAGUCGAGCCAAAGGCAAAGCUGAAUAUGAAGCUCGAUUCCCGCAAGCAAAUGCAACUAUUCUAUCGCAAUCCUCCAAUGCCGCGGGUCCUCCACUCUCUACAGUUACAGCUAAGCAACAAGAGGUGGCUUGGACGGAAGAUAAACAGCUCAUCGAUACCAUAGAGGUUCUUGCUCACCAAGAGAGUUGA